AUGGCCGUCAACGCGUCGGUCGCCUUCGACCUCCCGCCACUUCCGAGUUACACACUGACCGUCCGAGAGCCCGUUCUCGCGCCGAUCCCCGAUAAUGUCCUCGCCCUGAUGCUCCCCAUUAUUGCAUACUGGGGACUGUCCUUGGUCUAUCACCUGUUAGAUGUCUACGGCUGCUUCGAACAAUAUCGCCUUCACACCCCCGCAGAGCUGUUGAAGCGAAACCGCGUUACCCGAUUGGAGGUGGUGCGUGAUGUAAUCUUACAACAGGUCGUUCAAACCAUUGCAGGCAUGUCGGUGGCCUACUUUGAUCCAAUCGAGAUGACUGGUCAGGAGGACUAUGAUGUAGCGGUGUGGGCACAGCGACUGAGGAUUGCUCAGCGGGCCAUUCCCCCGAUGUUGGCACUUGUUGGCAUCGACGCAACGGGUCUGGCCAAAUCAGUGUCACAGAGCGGCCACACAUGGCUGGCUGGAGUGCUAGCUGGGGGAUCAUACCCCAAUGUGAUGCAAUCACUGAUCCUCGAGAGCGGGGCGGAGGUCUCUGCGCCCGCGUUUACCAACUGGGAAUUAUCCUUGGCCAGCUUCAUCUACUGGUACUUCAUUCCGGCUCUCCAGUUCUUGUUGGCAAUCUCCAUCGUCGAUACCUGGCAGUACUUCCUGCACAGGGCGAUGCACCUGAACCGCUGGCUUUAUGUGACUUUCCACUCCCGGCACCAUCGCCUUUACGUUCCCUACGCAUUCGGUGCUCUGUACAACCACCCAGUGGAAGGGUUCCUCUUGGAUACCGCUGGAACAGGUAUCGGGUUUUUGGUUUCUGGAAUGACCAACCGCCAGGGAAUGUGGUUCUUCACGAUGUCAACUAUCAAGACCGUCGAUGACCACUGUGGCUAUGCCUUUCCUUGGGACCCUCUUCAGCACUUCACUUCCAACAAUGCCGCCUACCAUGAUAUCCACCAUCAAAGUUGGGGUAUUAAGACCAACUUCUCCCAGCCAUUCUUUAUCUUCUGGGACCGUCUGCUCGGUACUCAGUGGAAUGGAGAAGUUAAGCUUAAGUACGAGCGUGCUCGUGAUUCGGCACAGAAGCAAGUCGACUUGGACACCGCUAAGGCUGCUGAGAUUGCCGCCGAGGAGCCUGAGCAUGAGCCCGUGGUGAUCUCAUCAGAGGGCCCAGCGACUCGAACUCGGCUGCGCCGAAAGACUGUUGACAGUCUUAAAGGGCCGAGUCAUGCUGUAUCUAACAGCGUGAUCCACAAUUAA